AUGAAAUCAUAUUCAAUUGUUUUAAUAUUAACAGUUUUAUAUUCAAUAGUAUCAUGUGGACUAACUAGUGAACAAUUGACUAAAACAUUAAAACAAUCAAAAUCAAAAUUAUUACCAAUAAAUGAUGAAAAUUUUGAAAAUAUAUUAAAUGGUAAAAGAGAUUAUCAUAUUGUAGUAUUUUUAACAAGUGAAUCAUCUCAAAUUAAUUGUGUAUUAUGUCAUGAAAUUGCACCUGAAUUUCGAAUUAUUGCUGAUUCUUGGUUUAAAGAUCAUCCAAAUGGAAUUGAAAUAAAUCAAGAAGAAUUGGAAAAAAAUAAUGAUUCAAGUAAGAACAUUUACUUCUUCAAGUCUGAAUUUAUGGAAUCUAAAAAGUUUUUCAGUUUAUUACAAUUAAAUAAUAUACCCAAAAUUUUCUAUUUCCCACCAACUAAAUCAAAUGCUGCAAAUACUUUCCUUAAAGAAAAACAAGAAUAUCAAUUUUUUCAAGGAGAUCACAAGAGUUUAAUGUUAAAUUGGAUUCAAGAUUUAACUGGUCAUAAAUUAAAUUUAUAUAUACCUAUAAAUCAAACUAAAUUAAUUGUGCAUAUUUUGAUUGGAUUUUUUACAAUGUUUUUUAUAAAAAGAUAUAGAAGUUAUGUAUUUAUAGCAUUACAAUCAAAAAUUUCAUGGAGUAUAAUUUCAUUAGUUACUGCAUUAUUAUUUACUACUGGAUAUAUGUUCAAUAAGAUUAGAGGAUCACCUUAUGUUAUUGAACAUCAAGAUGGUAGAACUGAAUAUAUUUUACCAGGACAACAAAAUCAAUUGGGUAUUGAAACUCAAAUUAUGUCUUUCUUAUAUGGAAUUUUAAGUGUAUUGGUGAUUGUUUUAAUUAAAAGAGCACCAGAAAUUAAAAAUCCAUCUGUUUCUUUGAUUUUGGUGGUGGUUGUAAGUGCUUUAAUAUUCAUAUUAUUUAGUUUGCUAUUAUCAAUAUUCGGGUUAAAAGGUAUUGGAUUUCCAUAUAGAUUUAUUAGAUUUUUUUAA